AUGCAUCCAGACGUACAGUCGUUAAAGAUAUGCAUCUUGGGUGCAGGCAUGGGCGGGCUCACGUGUGCCCUCGCCCUAGCACGCGCCGGGUUCAACAACAUCACCAUCUUCGAGGUGGCAUCGAACCUCGGAUUUGUCGGGGCAGGCAUCCAGAUGGCACCCAACAUGGCUCGGAUUCUCGACCGGCUAGGCGUUUGGGACGACAUCUUCAAGGACGCCGUGGUUCUCAACGAGACCAGCAUCCGCCAAGGAUCUACAGACACCGAACUCGGACACGUCGACCUGAGAUACAUCAAGGAGGCGUACCAAUACCCGCACACAGUAGGUCAUCGCGCGACCUUGGCAAGCGAGCUGUACAACGGCUGCAAGCGAGAAUCCGACAAGAUCAAAUUCGAGUUCGGCACGACGUGUGAAAACGUGAGGUUUGGCGCCAAACCCUCCUUCACCGCGGUCCCUCGCCACCAGGGCGUCCCCUACGAGGUGGAGUGCGACGUCCUCCUGGGUGCCGACGGGGUCAAGUCGAACACGCGCGUUGCGAUGCUGAGAGAGCUCAACGUCGAGGCCGAAGUCAAGGACACGGCGCAAGCGGCGUACCGAAUCAUGCUCACGCGCGAGCAGCUGUCGUCGGACCCGGAACUGCUCGCGCUCAUCGACGCGGACAAGGUGAUCCGCUGGAUCGGCGAGAAGCGCCACAUCAUCGCGUACCCGGUGUCGUCGAAGCAGAUCUACAACCUCUCGACGACGCAGCCGGACGUGAAUUUUGCCGCCGCACCCUCGGCGACCUACACCACCAAGGGAUCCAAGAAGGCCAUGCUGGACGUCUUUGGGGACUUUUGCCCCAUGAUCCACCGCAUGCUGGACCUUGUGCCGGAGGGCGAGGUGUGCGAGUGGAAACUGAGAGUGCACGCGCCCCUGCCGACGUGGGUUCACGGGAGCGUGGCGCUCGUCGGUGACGCUUGCCACCCGACUCUACCUCACAUGGCGCAGGGGGCGGCCCAGGCGAUCGAGGACGCCGGUGUGAUAGCCGUAGUGCUGGCGGCGCUCCCGUCGGGUGCUGGGCCAUCUGAGAUCAACCAAGCGCUGAAGAUUUACGAACAGGUUCGCAAGGAGCGCGCAGAGACACUGGUCGAGUUGGCCGCCGCGAGUGGGAGGGCGUUGCAUCUCGGUGAAGGCAAGGCGAAGGAAGAGAGAGAUAAGCAGUUCGCGGCGUUGAAAGAGGGAAAGGGUCCUGUGCCUGAUAAAUGGGCCGAUGCAGAUAUACAGAAGAUGGUCUACGGUGUUGACUGUAUGGAAGAAGCCGAGAAGAUUGUCAGAGGAUACUCCUUUUCGAGGGAUUCUUGA